AUGGAGCCAUUCCGCCUCACCGCUACGGGCUACAACAUCAACUACCUCCCUCAAUACAUUGCCGACCGGCAUGGAUUCUUUAUCGAGCAAGGCCUUGAUGUCACUACCACAAUCCCCACGCCAUGGGAUGGUGUUCUCGACGCGCUUGCCGACGGCUCCGCUGAUAUGGCGCUUGGUGGAAUCUGGGUCCCGUCCAUGUACCGUGGUCGGGUACAAGACUACACCGUGUUCGCUCAGAUUGCGAAUCGCUGCCCUCUGGCAUUGCUUAGACGCACGAGCUGUGGCACAAAGUUCGACCUGGCUGACGUAGUCGGGAAGACAAUCCUGAUGAAAUCCAUCGGCGGCGCCAGCGUCGGCCUGUUCUUUAAGAUGCUGUUGCGCGAAAACGGGAUCGACCCGGCAAGAGUGGACUUCAUCCAAGACCUGGAUGGCGUCAUGCUCGGAAACCUGUUUCAGGGGGGCAUGGGCGACUUCUUCGUCACCGACAACCUCUCUGCGAGGACGAUGGCGGCGCAGAAUCCCAACGUCUCGGUCGCCAUGGAGAUGGUCACGCAGGGCGAAGUCCCCUGGAGUGUCUACUACCGCGAAACGGCGACCGUGACGCCGCACCUGCGGGACAUGCAGAGGAGAUUCUGCCUCGGGCUGAACAAGGGCAUCGAGUGGGUGCUGCAGCGCGACGCCAACCUCUUCCGCGACGAACUCGCCGAGCUCUUCCCCAAAGCUCCCAUCGACGUUGCUGUCGAGGUGGUCAAUUCCUUCCGUCGAUCCGGCAUGUGGACCACCACCACCAUCCCGCGUAAGUCGUUUGAUCGGUGGCAGCAAGGCCUGGCCGACGCGCGCUUCGUCCAGAAACCCCUGACGUACGAAUCCAUCGUGGACGACGGGCCUUCGAGGGAGGCGGAUACCGCUGGCACACUUCAGCUCGUUAGUUAG